AGGAGAGUGAAGUGAGGAGUUUGCUGCAGUGCCUGCCUUAUAUCUCACAGCUCAGAAUCAGACCUGAGUCUUCAGAAGAAAUCAGAAUCUUCAUGGAUCUCUUCAUUGCAGCAGCAAAGAGAGAACAGCAGAAAGGAGAGAAGAUGCUGGAGCUGUUAGCAUCAGUGUGCACAAAUCAAACAUUCAUUUUUGAUGGCAGAUUCAUGAAUGAUUAUAAGAAGAAAUAUAGUCUUGACUUCCUGCUGGAUCUGUGCUCCCAUGUGAAGGACUAUCAGACUAAAACAGGUCUGAGUGUCCUUCCAUCAUUACAGUCAGUUUUCCAGUCAGCUCCUGCAGUCUGGUCCAUAAAGCUCUCAGAGAGAAAGACCUCCAUCCUCCUGGAAGUGCUGAAACUCCAACCAGAGAAGAAACGAGUGGAGCUGACAGACUGCUCACAUGAAGAGAGUGAAGUGAGGAGUUUGCUGCAGUGUCUGCCUUAUAUCUCACAGCUCAGGGUUGAUCGUUGGAGUUCAGAUGUUGAUGAAGCAGUCAGGUUGUUUGUGAGUCUGUUCUGUGCAGCAGCAGAGAGAGAACAGCAGACAGGAGAGAAGAUCCUGCAGCUGUUAGCAUCAGUGUGCACAUAUCAAACAUUCCCUCUUCAUGACAGAUACAUCAGUGAUUAUUAUCAGAGUGAUUUCCUGCUGGAUCUGUACUCCCAUGUGAAGGAGUAUCAGACUAAAACAGGUCUGAGUGUCCUUCCAUCAUUACAGUCAGUUUUCCAGUCAGCUCCUGCAGUCUGGUCCAUAAAUCUCAUAUACACAGACUUCGCCAUCCUUCUGGAAGUGCUGAAACUCCAACCAGAAAAAAAACAAGUGGAGCUGAGAGUCUGGCCAGAAGAUGAUGAAGAGAGUGAAGUGAGGAGUUUGCUGCAGUGUCUGCCUUAUAUCUCACAGCUCAGUGUUGAUGAUGAUGAGUGGUCAGAUGAUGAAGACAGAACGAAGUUCUUUGUGAGUCUGUUCUGUGCAGCAGCAGAGAGAGAACAGCAGACAGGAGAGAAGAUCCUGGAGCUGUUAGCAUCAGUGGGCAUAUUUGAUAUAUACCCUUUUAAUGUCAACGAUGAUGAUGUUGAUGAUCUGAAGAAACAUCAGUGUGACUUCCUGCUGGAUCUGUACUCCCAUGUGAAGGAGUAUCAGACUAAAACAGGUCUGAGUGUCCUUCCAUCAUUACAGUCAGUAUUUUCAGCUCCUGCAAUCUGGUUCAUGAAGCUCUCAGAGAGAAAGACCUCCAUCCUCCUGGAAGUGCUGAAACUCCAACCAGAGAAGAAACGAGUGGAGCUGACAGACUGCUCACAUGAAGAGAGUGAAGUGAGGAGUUUCCUGCAGUGUCUGCCUUAUAUCUCACAGCUCAGUGUUGAUGCUUGGUGGUUACAUGAAGCAGUCAGGUUGUUUGUGAGUCUGUUCUGUGCAGCAGCAGAGAGAGAGCAGCAGACAGGAGAGAAGAUCCUGGAGCUGUUAGCAUCAGUGGGCAUAUUUGAUAUAUACCCUUUUAAUGUCAACCAUGAUGAUGAUGAUCUGAAGAAAUAUCAGAGUGAUUUCCUGCUGGAUCUGUACUCCCAUGUGAAGGAGUAUCAGACUAAAACAGACUUCGCCAUCCUUCUGGAAGUGCUGAAACUCCAACCAGAGAAGAAACAAGUGGAGCUGAGAGGCUGCUCACAUGAAGAGAGUGAAGUGAGGAGUUUGCUGCAGUGUCUGCCUUAUAUCUCACAGCUCAGGGUUGAUCGUUGGAGUUCAGAUGUUGAUGAAGCAGUCAGGUUGUUUGUGAGUCUGUUCUGUGCAGCAGCAGAGAGAGAACAGCAGACAGGAGAGAAGAUCCUGGAGCUGUUAGCAUCAGUGUGCACAUAUCAAACAUUCCCUCUUCAUGACAGAUACAUCAGUGAUUAUUAUCAGAGUGAUUUCCUGCUGGAUCUGUACUCCCAUGUGAAGGAGUAUCAGACUAAAACAGGUCUGAGUGUCCUUCCAUCAUUACAGUCAGUUUUCCAGUCAGCUCCUGCAGUCUGGUCCAUAAAUCUCAUAUACACAGACUUCGCCAUCCUUCUGGAAGUGCUGAAACUCCAACCAGAAAAAAAACAAGUGGAGCUGAGAGUCUGGCCAGAAGAUGAUGAAGAGAGUGAAGUGAGGAGUUUGCUGCAGUGUCUGCCUUAUAUCUCACAGCUCAGCUGUGGUCCAGAGUUCUUCCAGAGUGUGUGCACAUCCAUGUCUGUAAGAUCCAGAGAGGAGUCCCAGCAACUGGAGUCUCUACUGCAGCUGCUGGGCUUCCAGCUGCUGCUAACAGGAGAGUUACCCAGGAAGAGCUGCUGGUCUGUGGGGAGAGUUCUCAGACUGUGUGGCUCUAAAGUGGAUCUCAUCCUCACACCCAGCAAGAUGUCUGCCAGAGGAGGCGCUCUUCUCUUUAGACACACAACACAACUACACCGUCUGAGGCUUUCCAUCGACAUGUCCUUGCUGCUGUCUCAGUGGGUAAGAAGAGGCAGAGCAGCCUGUCGGCUGGCUGUUGAAGAGCUUUCUCUUGAGCCUAAGAAAGCCCGACCAUCACACAGAGUAUUGUUGAGGGCCGUCAGUAGUUUGGCUUCCCUGCUGAGAUACUGGACAGUCGGACUGUUAGACCUGACUGAGACCUGCAUCCCUGCUCAGGGUCUCAUUGCUCUGCUGCUCCAUGAUGGUCCUCUAACAGUCAAACUGAAUGAAGAGAGCUUCCAGCAGCUUCUGUCUCUCCUCCAUGAAACCCAGGACAAGGACUUGACUUUGUCCUUCUUGAGUAAGGUUGGUGGAGACCUGACCUCCUGCUGUCUGAGCUGGGAGCUUCUUCACUAUCUGCUGCAGCAGCCGUCAGCUCAGACCAUCACUGUGAACCUGAGAAAGAACCUGUUCUUACAGGAGGAAACCACACGUCUGCUUCCCUUUCUGGACAGGAUUGUGUUUAAAAGGCCCAGUCCCAGCUUUGUGAUGACCGCCAUCAGAGAGCUCUACAGAGCUCACGACAGUCAUGCUGUACCCAGUUUGCUGAGGUCACUCGGUCAUGUAAUCAACCUGAGCUGCAGAGAGCUGGACUCAGUGGACUGUGCUGCUCUGAUCUUCAUCCUCAAACACGGAGACAGAGUCAGACUGAACCUGCUGUGGACCUCCAUACCAGCAGAGGGAGUAGAGUCCAUCCUCCUCAUGCUGGACAACGUUUCUCAUCUCAGUGUUGACAGGAACCAGCUGCUGAGGUUCAUCCACUGCUGUGCUGCCUGUGACGUCCAGCAGGAGGCAGCGUCAGGCCUGCUGAGGACUCUGCAGCACAGCUUGGAUCUGUCCUGCUCCUCCUGUGUGGAGCUACCAGAGGAGGAUCAGACUGAGCCUCUGAGUCUGACUGCUGAUGACUGCAGGGCCGUCUCCACCAUCCUGACACAGGGCAGCCGGAACACACAGCUGGACCUGCGAGACUGUGAGGUGGAGGACAGCGUGCUGGACCUGCUGUUUCCUGUCCUCCACAGGGUCCGCCUCAGAGUCAGUAAAACUGUCCUCCUCCAGCUGCUGUGUCUGGUUCCUGUGAACAGUGAGAGGGACACAGUGAGGCGGGCGGUGUCCCUGUGUACAGCCCUGGGUGGAGAGCUGGAUCUCAGUCACAGCACGCUGGAUCAGAGGGUCUGUGGGGCUUUGGUCCAGAUGCUGGACUCGUGUGAUGGGCUGACAGAGCUGGACCUCAGUCACUGUCAGCUCACUGACCAGCUGCUGCUCCCUCUCAUCACACAUCUGCACAAAGUCCAAGUCCUGGAUCUGAGUCACAAUCAGAUCACCGAUGCUUCGACCGAUGUGUUACUGCAGCUGCUCUCCAUCAACCCCUCCAUCCACUCUGUACGACUCUUCAGCAACAACAUCGUGCACAGAGCAGCCUUCAAGGAGCACACGCAGUUUGAGAUCUGGUGAAGCACUCGCCAUCAUCAUCAUCAUCAUCAUCAUGGUCACCAUCAUCCUCGUCAUCAUCAUCAUCAUCAGGGAGAUGUAGUUUUAUGGUCUCAGUAAAAACUCUCCUGUCAUAGUUGCUUCAUACUAAUCUGUAAUGUACAAUAGCAAUAAUAGGUCAGUAAGCGUUAAUAACUACUUUAGAGUAUUUUCUUUUUCAUGUCGUGAUUAAAAUGCUUUGUUUUAUUUAAUUAUGUAGAGAUGAGCACAUCUCAGAGUUUCUUUCUGAAGUUCUGCAGAUUUUUAUUUUAUGGAGCUCUGAUUGAAGCCAUCUAGUGGUCAUCCUAACAUUUACACAUCAGGUUGUAUUAUUGUCAUUAAAAUAUUUCCAAAUAGUGAAAAAACAAAGUGAGGCUGUAACAGUUACAUUGUACAGUUGUGAGUUGUCUUUGUUUAUUUUUGGUACUUUUGCAAUAUUUGAUGCACUUGCACACAAAUGUUGAUUCCAUGAAAUACAAACAGAUACUGAAAAGUGUAACAGCUGAAUCUUUUAUUGAACAAAUAAUGAACAAGUUCUCACAAUCAUCUCUUUACGAUGGAAUAUAAUGUUUAAAUGAUUUGCCUGUGUAUAAUAAAGCACAACAGAACAUUUCUGAAAUGACUCA